AUGAGCUUUCCACCUCCAAAUCCUGGGCAAUACCCUCAGUAUUUUCCUCCUCCCACCUACCAGGCUGGUCAUGUCGCCCCGCCAGGGUUGUUGUACAACAAUGUCGCGCCCCCUUCGCCAUCGCCGUACAAUAGCUACGGCAAGCCUGCAGGCUAUCCACCGGGUAUGAUGCCGCAGCAACAGCCAUAUCCGAUGUAUAACCAGCAGUUCCAACAUCAGAUGCCGCAGCCGCCGCCGCCGAGUCUUCAACCACCGCCCCUCAUCCACCCUCAGCAACUUGGUCAACCACAGCAUCCCGCUUUCUCUCAGCCACCACAUCCUCCUUUGUCGCAACCACGACAGUCGCCCAUCAUCCAGCCGCAUCAAUCCCCGCACCAUCAACCCCAACAGCAGUCACCUCGUCCUCAGCUACUGCAGCAGUCACCCCGUCCUCAGCUAUUGCAACAGUCUCCCCGGCUUCAGAUGCAACAAGUACAACAACAAUCUCCGCGCCCUCAGCUUCAGCAGCAAUCCCCGCGAAUUCAAAUCCAGCAACAGUCCCCUCGUACCCAAUUCCAACAACAGUCACCUCGUAUUCAUCUCCAGCACCAUUCCCCUCGUCCUCAACAGCUUCCCCAACCGCAACCGCAACCGCGUGCUCAACUGGAGCCGCAGGCUCAAAAAUUGGCACAGAUUCAACCGCAGCCGCAGGCUCAACUAGAACUGCAACUACAACAACAGCAACCGCGGCCGCCACCGCUUCCCCAGUCCCCUACUUUCAAAACUCAAGUGGUUCAGCCUCCCCAACCGCGGCCACCGCCAGUCCAGCCUGGUCCUCCCGCAUCCUUACCACCUGAUGAGCCACAGCAGCAGUUCAUAAACCCAGCCGAGCUUUUUGUGCAGCCCCCUCUCCCUACCGCCCCUCGGGCUCGAUAUUCCUUGAGUUCGCAAUAUGUCGACCCAAGCGAUCUCUCGAACUCAACUUCUAGCAGUCUGCCUCCAAUUCCGUCUAUUUCUUCUUCAACCCCUCCUCCAGCUCUCUCGGCAUCGGCUCAGACUGCUCCUCCAGUCACUACCGAGCAAAAAGCGGCUGAAAGUCAAAUGCAAUCAAAUAUUCAAGUGCAACCUCCGCAGCCGCCUAAGCCUAUAGUCAAGUCUGAAUCCUCAAAACCAAGACCCAUGGCUCAGGCAGAGGUGCAGCGGGCCCUGCCCACCCCCAAAGUGACACCGCCAAUACGACCUCAGCCUCUUCAGUCCUCUGUAAAUAGCAUUACGCCGCAAGUCAUGAUAUCAGUUCUGCCUCAGGAGUCUCAUACCAGUGCACAAAAACAAUCUUCAAAAAAGCAACAGCAGAAGAAACAACCUAGUCAACAGAUUGCCGAGAAGCCUGCUAAGCCAAACAAGCCUCCGGUAGACUACCAAGUCUUACUGCUGUCGUUGGCCGACGAGUACCUCAAUACUGCCCAUCGCCAUGGAACAAUGAUGGCUUUGGCCACCAACCAAGCAGACGUCGAAGAAUAUUAUAAAUUAAUCGCUACCGGGCUCGGCUGCUUAGAGGCAGUCUUGAAGAACUGGAGACUGCAGCCUCGCAAGGAAGCGCUGGUCCGUCUUCGUUAUGCGCGUACAUUGUUCGAGGAAACGGAUAAUGAUAUCGUGGCAGAGACAGCUCUGAGCAAGGGCAUUGACCUUUGUGAAAGACACCGAAUGUUAGAUCUAAAGUACAGUAUGCAGCAUCUCUUGGCACGUAUGCUUCACAAAAGCAAGCCCAAGGCUUCUUUGAAAGCUGUUGAUGGUAUGAUCCAGGAUGUGGAAGCAUAUCGCCAUGCAGCUUGGGAGUAUGCAUUUCGGUUUCUUCGAGUGACACUUUCGCUCUCCUCUCCUUCCCAUCAAGACUCGGUGCAAGCUGUCCAGCACCUGAACAAGAUCUCAGCGAUGGCUAGUCGCAAUGGCGACAAGGCCGUCUCUGCCAUGGCAGCCGUGAUCGAAGCCUUGGCCCAUUUACAACAGGGGACGGGAUCGGAUGCCAUCGAACAAGCCCAGCGUGCGGUAGCUGUUGCACGAAGCCAUCAAUUGACUGAUUCGCUUCGUCAUAUUCCACAGCUGGUGACUUUAAUCCAGAUAGUCGAUAUUUGCUGUAGCCUGCUGGAGUAUGAUGUCAACCAGUCUUCUCAAAAGCUUAAGGUUAUGCAGGCCCUGGUGGAUGAGACUUUGAACGACCCUAGCUGGCAAGCCGAUGGCUCAUUCUGUGUUCCUCUUAAUGGCAAGUCCGCAGGGCCAUCAUCUAUUGACACAGGGGACAUCCUUCAAGUUCAUAACGGCACCCUGCUCCUGAGUUUCAAUUGGCUUCCUCAGCAUGACCUCUAUGCCCUUUCCUACUUCUUGAGCUCCAUUACGUUGAGUGCAAAGAACUCAUAUGAUGGCCGAAAAGCAGAAAAGUAUCUCGACGAGGGGCUUCGAAUGAUUCAAGGUGAUUUCACGGCCCCACAAGAGAUUCCAGAGUCGAUGGUGAAUGCGUUACGACGCGUUGAAUGGCGUCGGUCCCUUUAUUGCAAUUUUCUUUUACAGCGUGUCUUCCUAGCCUGUGCACGAACAGACUGGGAACCAGCCAGUCACAGUUUGAAUGAGCUGAGGCAAGUCACCCGGAAGAUCGGACCUAACCUUCCAAAGUCCGUGGAAUGUUUGAUGGAGUAUGCUGCUGGGACCAUUGCCCAAGCCACUGGUGAUCUAGCUGGCGCCCUCAAAAUCUUUCAAUCGCCCUUGCUGUCGCUCUCGCCAUCAGCUAGUAAGACUUCACGAAAUGACCCCUGUCGCGACACCUGUAUUCUGGCAGCGCUCAACUCUGUUCUCAUCAUCCGAGACCCAGCACACCCGUCGCACUCCCAUCUCCCGGUAAUUCAAACUCUCCUAGACUCGUUCUGCCAGAACAGCCCGAACAAGUACAUCCAGGCAGCAUACUUCUUGGUUUGCGCUACAGUGCAAACGGAUUCGACCCUCCAGACCAAGCAGUUUCUACAGCAAGCGCUGCAGUCGGCUACCGCUAUAAGCAACAGCCAGAUUACAUGCAUGACGCUCACUUUCAUGAGCUGGAAGUACUUCCGUGGAGUGGUUGGGGAACAAGCUGAAAAAAGCGCCCGCGCUGGUCGUGCAAUGGCCAAACGAGCUAAUGACCGCCUCUGGGCGAGUGUCACUGAUGAGAUGCUGGCCGACACCCUUGAGCGCCAAGGCAAGAAUGAAGAAGCUCGUGGGGUACGAGAGGAAGGACAACGGCUCAUUCAGGGGCUCCCGCCAGGCUUGAAAGGUUCGACCUGA